AUGUCUAUGGGCUCCCCAUCAUCUGGAAUGGAUUCCUCAGGUAGUCGAAUAGACCAGCAAAACGCUUAUCGACUAGUUGAUGAUCAAUGCACGUUGGCGCUCAUAAAUGACAACUUGGGGCAUUCGACAAGCUCACUAGUCCAGAAAGACAUAAGCGAUCUGCUAAAGCAUGCAAUGCUAACAGAGAAUUGGCAGAAACGGACUCCAAACAUCAGCGAGGAACUUCAUGAACCUUUGUACCACUUUCGAAGCCAUGACAGCCCGAUUUUGAGCCCGAUGCAUAUCUUGCAGGAUGCGAAAGAGGAUCACCAACAGACAACAAUUUCGCUUCAACACAAUAACUCCUAUUUCCGAAGGCUCUUUAAUAGAACUCAAGUCCUGCUACUACGAAACGAUUUUUCCCUCGACUUUUUGGUCAUUUUGAAGAGGUACAUCCAUUUGCUAAUCGAAGAGGACAAAAAUCCAAUGGACGACCAAUACGUGCUCGAAUUGCAGAAUGAACUUGACAAAGGUUUGGUGCUCACUUCGCGUCUCUUCGACCUACUAGAAAUGUUUCUGUCCCAUCCGAGCAAUCCCCUCAUGAUCUUGGCGCAAUUUGAGCAAGGAAAGCGCCGAGCCAUUCUCCAAUCCACUUUCACCAAAUGGAAUCUUCUCACAAGAGUAGACAUGAGCUUAAUGCAGCUCAGUUUAGCCUGGGACAGCUAUCUUCGAAGGAAAUUUCUGGCUUCUUGGAGGCGGAAAACAAGCUUAAAGUGUAAGGAGCUGCAAAUGGAGGCCAAUAACCUCAUAAAUUUCAAGCGUCAGGCUAACGCUUUUGACAUGUGGGUGAAGCGCACUGACGCUCAAAAAGUGAAACAGGACCUAGCAGACGUUUUCUUCUUGCAAAAGUAUCUCACGAUGCUCAAGGAAGAACUGAGGAUCAACACAGAUAGCAUCAAAGCUGCAGAUCUAGAAUAUGACCGAAAAUGUUUACGCCGCUCUUUUUUGUCCAUUAGGCUGCGAAAAAGGCAAAAGCCGAUUGAAAGGCGUGUAGCUCGAGAUGUCAAGAUGGCAUUCUUCCAGCGGCUAACAAAUAGAUACGAGAGCAUCAGAUCCAUGGAUUAUAAGGUAGUGCUUUUUGCUCGGCAUCAGACUUUGAGCCCUUUCAUGAACAAAUGGAAAUCGCGCCUUUUCAAGGGUAGGUUAAAAAUGGAACAGAUGGGACAGUUAGAGAUUUUAUUUCGGGAAAAAAUGGCCCUGAAAGUUGUCAAAGAUUUCAUAGACUGGAAGGACCGCGAAACCUAUGCGAUUGCUUGCCUUAAUCAUAUUUUUAUGGGGCACGUAUUUCGAAAUUUGUGGUAUAGGAGGUACAAGGAAAGACAGCUUCUUCACGCAAGUCGUUCCAAACAUAAUGCCUUUCUAAUAGCUAAACACUUCUCUAUUUGGAAAGACUGGUCACAUCAAGCAAGCCGAGCACUAUCCUACAACGAAAGAGCCAUUUUAAAAAGAACUUUUCGCCUUCUGCAACUGAGGGCGUUUUCCGGGCGCUUGAAACGUCGGCAAAACAAACUGCUUGUGCGUAACGUUUUCCUUCGAUGGCACAAGGCUAAUCAACUCGAGCUGGUCUUGGUAGAAUGCCACCAUAGACUACUGAAGAAGUUCUGGGACCGCAAUUUGAAGAGCAGGUAUUGGUCUUUGGUCGACCUUUCCUCCAUCACCAUAAGGUGCCGAGAAUCCCAGAUAGUCAGGGAGAAAUUCGACAUGUGGUCUAGCGCGGUACGUACAGCUAAUGAAUUGGGCAGGAGAGCCGAUUUUUUCAAGAAGGUGAGAGCUAUCAUCAAACUGAAGGGAAUACUGACUCACCGUGACCAGCUCAACGCAGUGGGCGAAUCUUAUACGAUCCAAAAGGACAAAGAAGGGAAGCGAAAGUUCUUGUCCCUCUGGCUAUCAAGCAUGCGUAUUCAAGUCCGUUUGAAACAAGAAAUCGUGUUAGAUCAAUAUUUGUCCCUGAAAGAGGGAGCUAAGAUUAAAGCAUACAUGGCACUUUGGUCGACUCGAUUCCAGCUAAUUUCAUUGAAAUACACUAAGUUGGCCGAUGUGCUGCGUAAUAAUACCGUGACUUCGAGAGCUCUUUCGGAAGCAUUCAAAAAAAGACAGUUGCACGAGGAGUGGUGGAGAGUCGCGGUGGGAUUGAAUGACCAGUCUUGUCUAGUAAGCGCCUUGGAAAAAUUGAAACUCAAACAUAAGCAGGUCGCUGCAAUGCAACGGGACCUGGCCCGGCUGCAUGCUCAUCGAGAACUUUCAAGCUUGGUGAACUGCAUGAAUGUUUGGACGAUGAAGCAAUUAAAGUGCUCUCGUAAUAGCGAAACAGUCGAUAUAUUCAAAAACAGGUGGAAUCGGGCCGGUCUCAGGGCGAUUCUUUUACUGUGGAAGGAAAAGGCAGACGCGCAUCCUCAACAUUCUGGCGCGGGCGUCGGGGAAUUUGAGCCGAAUGGGGAUAUGCAGGGUCUCAUUACACCAACGAGAAUUCGAAAUAGCGGCCGCAUCACGAUUCCAGGUUCAGAGCAAAUGAAACAAAACAGGAUGGAGGCCAUGAGGAAUCACUAUCGUAAAGCACGGAAAGCUAUUCCUAGUCCCAUAAGAUUUUCCGAAAGGCUAGAUACAGUUACCAAGAGAAGGCUGGAGGCCAAUGCCUACGCUUUGGAGCAGGGAAGUAUCUCACCGCCGCCGAAGAUGGACCUAGAGAAAAUUAAUAGAAAGUUGGCCUCUAGAAAGCCUGCCAUAAGCUUCAAAAGCAUUCCUGAAGCAAGACUGAGCCCAGGUCCAUCAUCACCUUAUACUUACGCCCCAAUUGUAGAUCGUUCUCUUUUACCGCAAGACCAUCUCGAUUUGGAUCGCUCGCCCAGUAUAAGGUAG